AUGAAAUAAAAUGAGCUGGAAUAUAGAAAACAGCGUAAACAAGACGAUAUAUUUAAAUUAACAAGUUCUGUGAGACUCCAUACAGCUUCUAAUCAAUCUCAUGAAGACAAUAAUUUCAACAACUACUAAGCUCUUUUUCAUUCCACUGAAGACACAUAAUCUUAAUAAUUAUCUACCUUUCGAUAGUUUAGAGAACUCCAUACAAUAAAAGAAGAUUUAGAGGUGCUUUAAUCAUAAAAAUUAUAAAGAGACAAUUAAUUUUUAGAGCAUUAUAAAAAACUGCAAAGCCUUUCUCCACCCAAAGCAUUCUUAGAUAAUACUUAAUCUCCUAGAGAUAUUUAUUAAAAAGGACUCCCUUAAGCUGCUUCAUUUAUUGACAAGAGCAAAGGAUUUUUACCUAAGUAUUUUUACUCUUAUGAAACAAGCCUUUCUUUAGGCAACGAAAUAUUAGAUAAUGGAGAAAUCAAAUGGGAAGAGCUAAAAUUUUUAAAUGUAUUAUUAACAUUGAUGUAGGAAUUCACUACUUCUAAUUUUUUUGUGUUACCUUUUGCUUUUUAUUAAGGAGGUUUCCUAUGGUCUAAUAUAUUUUUAUUAUUAUCAUUUAUUAUGACUGCUUAUCCUAUGGUUAUGCUUGUUGACUUAAAAAGACUUACAAAUUUAACUUUAAGAGAGCUUUGCUAUGCUCAGUGGGGAGGAUUUGGAAAAACAAUUGCUGAUAUUUGCGUUUUCUUCACUCAUUUUUCUGAUUUGUAUUCAUAUAUAUAAGCUUUGGGUAUAAUGAUAGAUAAAUUUUCAGUUUUUUUCAAUUUGCAAUUAACAGAUAAUGCAUAAUUUUGGAUAUAAAUUAUACUUUUUUAUCCUUUAGUUUGUAAUCCUAAACUAACUUCAAAGCUAACAUUGAGAUAUGUCUGUGAUGCGUUUAUGGCUUUAGGUUUCUUUUUGACAAUUUAUUUGAAUUUGUCUCUCAUUCGAACAUAGGAUUUUAGAAACUAUAGCUUUCUCAGGUCUGUAAACAUAAUUUAAUCAGCAAUGAAUAUGUUUAGUUGUUUUGAGGAGUCUAUUUCUGUUUAUGAAAUUUAUAGAGAUAAAUUUACAGCAAGCUAAACUGUAACUUUUAAGAAAUAUAUCUGGAUAGGGCACUUUUGUAUUUAUUUAAUGUCAGUGAUUUUAUGUAAUCUAACUUGGUUGGCAUUUGGAAAUGAUACAAAACCUAAUAUUAUGGAAUAAUACGAUGACUAAUCAAUAAUAUCUUUUAUAGGAAAGUUUUUUUUUAUUUCUGCAGCUGUUCCUGCUUAUGGUCACUUAUUCUAGCCUCUUGAUUUGAUGAGUAAAGAUUUAUUUGGAAUAUACUCUGAAAAUAAUAGACUUGCUUACUAAAAAUUAAAAUAUUUUGACAAAAAUAAUGUCUCUUAUUAUCCAAAACACUCUGAAGUUACUGGAAUAAGCUGGUUUAAACUUUGUUAUUUCCAUACAAUUCCUGUUUAAGAAGAAAUGGAGUUGCUUAAUAAAGAUCUUAUAUCAGUGAAGUAUAAUAAGCGUCUCUUGUUUUACUUGACAAAAUUCUUCAUUGUUUAUUUUAGUGUCGCUUUUGGUAUGCUUACUUCUGAUAUUUCAAACGCAAUUUUCAAUAUCUUUUAAAUAUUUUUCAAGACUCCUAUAUCUUUGAUUAUUCCAUGCCAUUUAUAUCUUAUUCUGGGCAAUUUAUCUUAUUUAGAGAAAAUCCUUUGCUAUUUGAUUAUAGUAAUUGGAUAUAUACUUACAUUUACCUCAUUUAUCUUUUUCUAUCAAAUGUGA